AUGAUGAUCUCUUUUUCGUCCAUCCACUUCGUCCAAGCCGCCCUCCUCCUCAUCCACAUAUAUUCAGCAGCAGCAGAACUCUCCGAAGACUUCUGCGAUCGCGCCACUUACGGUCAACCCAAUCAUUCCACAUGCAUCGCCCUUCUAUACGGAAAUCCAACACAUCGCGGUGCAGGCAUCUACAACAUCGAUAGUGAUGAGCACGGCUUCUUUCUGCCAUACUUCGGCCGCAGCGCUGAUUUCACUAUCAACCAAUGGAGGCAUCGAAUUACACUACCUGCGGUGUGGCAUAAUGACGGAUGCAAAAUCGCCCUAUUGGUCGAACCAGGCCCUAUGGGCGGAUUCACCACCGAUAGUGGAUCAUGGGCUGAGAUUGCGGAUAGGGGGAAAGCACUGCUAGAUUAUUGUUUGUUGGGAAGGCGGGCACCGGCAAUCUGGGGUGGCGGUGUGGGACACGCAGGCACUCACGGACCCGGCGGUCUGGUCGGUGUCGACUGGAAUGAAACAACCGCCAAUUUGAGUGCCAGCGGCCGGAUUGGAAUUCUCAGCCACGCAUAA